CAGCGACCUGCAGGUGCGCCGACGUUUUAUGAUACUUUUAUUGCAGUCCUAACGCGACUAUGGGACAGUGUGGGAUUAAUUCAUCUAAAACCGUCUUGGUUUUUCUCAAUCUCAUAUUCUGGGCUGCAGCUGGAAUUCUAUGUUACAUCGGGGCCUAUGUGUUUAUCACAUAUGAUGACUAUGACCAUUUCUUUGAGGAUGUGUACACUUUAAUUCCGGCUAUCAUAAUAAUAGCAGUUGGGACUCUACUCUUCAUCAUUGGCUUAAUUGGCUGCUGUGCCACUAUACGUGAAAGCUCCUGUGGUCUAGCAACUUUCGCUGCAAUUCUCCUGCUGGUAUUUUUAACAGAGUGUGUGGUGGUGGUACUAGGCUACAUAUACAGAGCAAAGGUGGAGGAUGAAGUGAAUCAUUCCAUCCAGAAAGUGUACAAUGGAUACAAUGGCACAAACACGGAUGCCCCUAGCCGUGCUAUUGACUAUGUCCAGAGGCAGCUUCACUGCUGCGGCAUCCACAACUACUCUGACUGGAGGAACACAACCUGGUUCAAAGAAUCCAAGAACAAUAGUGUCCCGGUCAGCUGCUGUCAACCAAAUAUUAGCAACUGCACAGGCACGCUCAGUCGACCAGGAGAUCUCUACCAAGAGGGUUGUGAGGCUCUUGUUGUGAAGAAGUUAAAGGAAAUCAUGAUGUAUGUCAUUUGGGCUGCUCUGACUUUUGCAUCAAUACAGAUGCUGGGCAUGCUAUGCGCCUGUGUAGUGCUGUGCAGGAGGAGUCAUGACCCAGCUUAUGAGUUGCUGGUCACAACCAACAGCUACGCGUGAAGAGGAUACAGUCAGCUAAUGCAGACAGAGAGCAUCACCGGAUACGUCCACAGUAGAUUAAUUACAGCAGUUAGUUAUAUAAGCUCAAGCACACCUUGCACAACUCAUGAAAUACUUGUAGCGAACACUGGUUAUAAGGUUGAGGUAAAAGGAGAGGGUGCUACAGGGGGAAACCAAUAUGUUAUUUAUUGACAAGCUUUGUAAGUUAUUGAUUUUCUUUUAUUUAUUUUUUUACAUUUUUAAAAACACAUCCUUCAAAAGGCCAAAGUUGUACAUGGCUAACUGAUAUCAUUGAUGUUGAUGCUCGAGUGUUGUUUUUCAAUUGCGUCACAUAAAAGAGACCAUUUUGCUCUCUGUUUUUAGGAACACAUUGGGUUCAUGUUGCAUUUAUUGUUUCAAUAUUCUUCUAAGAUUGCGCUCCGUUUUCGAAAUGGCAACUUUUUUGCAACUCCGAUGAAUUGAAAAUUUGGGAUUUUGGAAUUGGGAUCCAAUAUUUUGUUUUCUUUUGUGAUAUAGUCAUCCAGGAAACUAUAAUCAAAAGUUAGGUAGUUGUUUUUUAAAGGAAGCCAUAGAGUUAAACACUGGCAUGGGAGGGGGUGGACGAGUGGGGAUAGCAAACAUUACAUUGAUGUCUGCUCUAUAUAUAAUUAUGUAGAAAAUACUUUGUCUACUUUUUGUGUACAAAAGGCAGAAAUUUGUCUUUGGCUUGCAUGUGUAAAAAACUGCUAGUAAAAUGGGUACAUUAAAAUACAGCAUAGCACGUCCAGACAGUACACAUUAAAACACAUUAGCAUAAAAACACAAUAGAAGUUACAUUAAAGGAGCACCAGGUACUCGAGCCUCCGUGAAGUUGGCACCCCAUGUAAUCACAUGAUUAAAAAUAUUAUCAUUCAUUACUGCAGCGUUUGUACUGAUUUGUGCUGUAAAAAACUAUUGUUUGUGCUGUAAUGGUUUUUGAGAUAUUAAGCAUUAUAUUUUAUAGGCGGUGGCGGUGCAGUGGUUAGCGCGGUCACCUCACAGCAAGGGUUUGAACCCCAGGGUUGUCGUCUCAGGUCGUCCUCUGUGUGGAGUUUGCAUGUUCUUCCUGUGUCUGUGUGGGUUUCCUCCCACAGUCCAAAGACAUGUAGGUCCGGUGAAUUAGCUGUACUAAAUUGUCCCUAGGUGUGAAUGUGUCGGCCCUGUGAUGGCCUUGCGGCCUGUCCAGGGUGUCUCCCUGCCUGCCGCCCAAUGACUGCAGGGAUUGGUCCAGCAUCCCCGCAACCCCGAUUGAGAUAAGCGGCUUGGGUAAUGGAUGGGUGGAUAUUUUAUAGGCUCUGAUGUCACCCUGCACCCCAUUAUCAUCCAGAUCGUUCAAAACUGUUCUUGUUUGUUCGUGCUCAGUAUUUGCCCGUUUGUGCCAUUAAAAGAAACAUCUGUGCUCUUUCAGUAUUUUAGAUAUUUGCCAAAGCAAUGACGUCACUCUGCACCCCAUUGUCGUCCAAAUUGUCCCAACCCGGUCUCGUUUGUUUAUGCUUGGUUUGUUCCUAUUUGUGCUGUUAAAAGAAACAUUUGUGCUCUUUUAGUUCUUCACAUAUAUGCCUAGAACAAUACUUUUUAAACAUGUGACUUCAUUUUGCACCCCAUUGUUGUCCAAAUAGUUUUAAAACUGGUCUCGUUGUUUGCACUGCGUCAGUGCCAUUUCUGGAGACUCGUAACUUACCAGGCAUGACUGUCCACCUCUCUCAGCCAGGGGUCAGGAAUAGCAACAACAUGUAGAAAUUGUAUCAAAUCGCUGAAUGUUUUGGCGUUGCAUUUUGGGUAUCAGGAAGCUGUUUUGUCAAGACCGUGUGCUGCCAACAGAAAUAAUUCUAGACUUUGUGUGUUCAGUUCUCCAGUAGGUCAUGGGGAACAAAUGCUCACCUAUAUUCCAAACUUAAAAUAAUAAACAAAUCAGGCGCUAUUCACGUGAUAGCAAGACUGAUUGCAAUGAAAAUGAAAUUGCCACAUGCUUUUUUUGUGUGUUUAUGCUGAAUGGCUAAUGAAUUAAUCAGAAUUUUUGAAUGGCAUUAUUAAAGAGAAUGACUGCAUCGACUCUAGGAAUUGUGAGUCAAAUAAUCUUGCCUGCCAGCACAGGACAACACAGGACACACAACGUCCAUUUAAGCAUACACGUAGCUUUGUGGUUAGAGCGUGCUCUGUGUGCAGGAGGUUCGGGCUCAUUACGUUGUCAUUUUAAAAUGUUUUGAGUAAUCAACAAAUUAUUCUUAUUUUGAUCAGAUGCCAAGGAAGCCAGCUUGUCAUAAAGCUGAUAUUGUGAAAAUCAACUUAUCUUCUAGGGAAGAUGUAGUUAAAGGCUAGUAUAUAGCACCUCCCUCAGAAAAAGUGUGGACACACCUGAGUCAGCUACUCCACAACAAAAUCUCGCCAAAGGCUUUAUCUACAUUUGUAAAAUCAAACAGGCACAAUACAUGGGAAAUCCUGGGCUACAAUGAUGAUAAACAAGUCUAAGGUAUGCAUAGAGAG